CGCCGUUCGAAAUGUUCAUCCAGUGGAUUUUUCUGAUCUCAAGUGUCAUCCUGGUGUCUUCCGGAAGGAUCUCCGAGAGAAUUGUGGGAGGUUACCCAGUGCCCAUUUCCUCAGCACCUUGGCAGGCCUCUAUCCAGGAAUAUGGCAUACAUCAGUGCGGUGCUGCGAUCUAUAGUGACCAGAUCCUUAUAACAGCGGCACACUGCAUUCCCCAACAUCCUUACGGCUCUACGGUGAGAGUUGGCGCUACGAAUAGGAACUUUGGAGGCCAGGUGGCUGAAAUAGCAAACAUCAUCGUGCACGAAGGCUAUCAUGAAAUAAACGAGAUACCUUUCAACGAUAUUGCCGUGAUUCGACUGAGUUCCAGGCUCAGGAUGGAUGAUACAGUACGUUCCAUUCCUCUGGCAGAUAGUACGCCCCCAAUUGGAUCUCCCGCCUCGGUUUCUGGAUGGGGACGUGUUGGAUAUAAGCAACCACAAUCCGACAUUUUACUAGAGACCGCGGUGUCCAUUGCGGAUUGGCAUUCCUGCCGGAAUUCCUACCGUCAGGUGGUUGAUAUUACCAAGGAUAUGAUCUGUGCCGCUGGUCCUGGAAGAGACGCGUGCACACAUGAUUCUGGUGGUCCUUUGGUAUCCGAUGGUAAACUUGUUGGCAUAGUAAGCUUUGGUAAGGGUUGUGCCUUUCCUGGUUACCCUGGCGUCUAUGUUAAUGUGGCUGAAUAUAAGCCCUGGAUCCUAAGUGCUAUUCAAAGAAUUUAAUGCAUUAAUAAACACGAGGAAAAAUAUAUAUUUAAAUAAAUUCAAGAAUAAAGUUC